GCUCUGUAAAUGGCCAACUGUGUAGUCGUCUCCCUGCGGGAAUCACGCAACAUCUCAACCAUGAAUGACAGCCUCUGCUGAGCUUAAAUCUGCUAUUUAAGCAAGUGCCUCUCUAUCUCUACUGCUGUUACCCGAAGAGAAGAGUAACAGGGAGACCGGUGGAUUCCAACUCCUUCUCUAAAGACGGCAGUAAGAAUUUUCAGUGAUUCCUCUUCUGAAGAAGAAAAGACUUCAAACAUUGGAGCAGACAAGGAAUUCUUCUUCAGGAUUCACAUGGUGCAGCACUGAGUGGACCCACACUUCUUUCAAAGAAGAUUGCUGCAUGACAAUUUUCGCUCUCCCCCAGGCCAUCUCUGCAGCACAGUAUGGCCCCCUGUAACGAACAAUGACUGACCUUGGAGGACUGCAGAGGCCCAAAGAACAGAGCGUUAGACCCCUUUUCUAUGGUCUGGUUGCCCAUCUUCUCUUUCACAGGUGACGACUUUCAUUAGCAAACCUAGCAUUGACUAUCCUUCCCCACCUUCUCCCCUCACCCUCAACACACCAGCUUGGACCGCUCAUCGUCCUGGACACCAUGUAGUAGGGCUUCAACGGGCUGUGACGACUGAGUUGCAAUGGUUUUACACACUUCCCCAUUUCCCUGCUGCUGUCUGUCUAUUCUGCAUCGCCUUUCUUGGGCUCUGAUCUGCCCAUUUUACUGGCUUGUGGACAGACUUGUAGCCUCCUGGAUACCAACCACCAAUGAGAAGUGCCAAAGGGGCUCUCUGUGCUGGGCCCUCCGCUUCAUCUUCACCACACCCAUUUACUUGGCUCUCUGUACUCUGUCGAUACCCAGUGCCAUAUUUGGGUUUCUUUUGUGGAACCCUCUCCAGCUAUGCAGGCGGCCAUACAUCUAUUCUAGGCUGGAAGACAAGAGCCAGGCCAGUGGUACUAUACUUCUCAAUGAAUGGAAGGCCUCGGGCCCUGGGAAAAGUUUCUGUUUUGGCACUGCCAACGUCUGUCUCCUCCCUGAAUGCAUGGCAAGAGUGAACAAUCUUUCCAACACACAAGACCGGGCCAAAGAAAUUGGGCAAAGAAUCCGAAAUGGAGCCAGCAGGCCCCAGAUCAAAAUAUAUAUAGACUCCCCAACAAACACCUCCAUCAGUGCUGCGAGCUUCAGCAGUCUGGCUUCACCCCAGGGCAGCGAUGGUCCCAACAAAGCUGUCAAUGUGGGCAUCAAGAGAACAGCAUCCAUGGAGUACAAGGGCGACAAUGGAAGCCCAAACAACAGUGAAGAGAACAGGAGCCCCAGAGCUGGUGGUGACUCUCAUGACGUCGAAGACAAUGCCUGCAUCAUCAGGAUUGGCGGAGAGGAUGGCCAGCUGUCUGAUCCAGAAGCCGACGGCACUGGCGACUGCCAGACGGAAACACCUCCAGAGAAUAAAACCGAAGGCCAGAAGGGCCAGACACCCAACCAUACGGCCAAGGAAGGGGACGCCGGGAGCUUAGACAGCUACACAGCUUCUAGAGAGUCCCUGGUGAAGGUCCGAAUUGGGGAGAGCACCACGGACCAAAGCUCUGUUAACAACAAGUUGCUCCACAAGACUUCCAUGCUCAAGAAGACCUCUCUGCGAAAAAAGAAGCAUACGGACGAGAUCUUUGACCACGAGAUCUCUGCCUUCUUCCCUGCCAACUUGGACUUCCUGUGCUUGCAGGAAGUGUUUGACAAAAGAGCAGCAGGGAAAUUGAAAGACCAGCUCCACCAAUAUUUUGAAUACGUUCUGUACGAUGUCGGGAUCUACGGCUGCUGCUGCCCCUGCAAGAUCCUGAACAGCUGCUGCCCCUGUGAGAUCCUGAGCAGCUCCUGUCCCUGCAAGAUCCUCAACAGUGGCCUCCUUUUUGCCAGCCGCUACCCGGUUAUGGAUGCUGCCUAUCACUGUUACCCCAAUGGAGGAGGGACCGAUGCCUUUUCUUCAAAGGGAGCCUUGUUUGUUAAGGUACAAGUGGGAAGUACACCUCAGGACCAAAGAAUCGUGGGAUAUAUUUCCUGCACCCACUUGCAAGCUGAAGGAGAAGACAGCACCAUUCGAUGUGAACAACUGAAUCAGCUUCAGGAUUGGCUGGCUGAUUUCCGAAAAUCUACCUCCUCCUCCAGCACAGCCAAUCCCGAGGAACUAGUGGCAUUCGACGUGCUUUGCGGAGACUUCAACUUUGACAACUGCUCUUCUGAUGACAAGCUGGUACAACAGCACUCCCUGUUUACACACUACAAGGACCCCUGCCGCGUUGGACCAGGGGAGGAUAAGCCGUGGGCAAUCGGUACUUUUUUAAAACAAGAUCACCUCCAUGAUGAAGAGGUGUGCACCCCAGACAAUCUGCAAAAGGCUCUGGAAAGCGAAGAAGGGAGGAAAGAAUAUAUUGACUAUCCCACCAGCAAGAGCCAUCCUUCCAACCAGAAGGUCUUGGUGAAGGGUAAUGGCAGGAGAAUUGACUACAUGCUCUACUCUGAGGAGGGCCUCUACCUGGAGUGGAAAGUGGAAGUGGAGGAAUUCAGUUUUAUUACCCAGUUAGCAGGUCUGACUGACCACCUACCUGUGGCCAUGCGCCUGAUGGUCAACACUGGCGAGGAAGAGGUGUAGAUGCACCAGCCCCGCGGUCAGUCAGGACCCAGGCCAGCCUAAGAAGACCUGGCCUAUGUUCUUGGGAUACAAAGGACUUUUUUCCAGUGCCACGUGAGCCAGAUGAAAACACCUGGCCUCCAGUCACCUCUCCCAACACCUCCAAAGAUGGACCAGGUCCCUUCUCCAUUGCUCUCUGGAGCCAAGAAGAGGGGACAAGGAUGGCAGGAGGUGAGAGACCAAAAGGGAUCCACGAGGGCUAAGGCCACUGUCCGGAGCUACCCGGGCAGCAGGGUCGGCCUGAAUUUCUACACGUUCACUGUGGACCAAGGAAUGCAGUGGCCAGGCGGCUGGGAGGGGAGGGGAACGCCGAGCCCUAACUCCUUUUAACCAGUGCCAUUCUUACAAAACACGGUUUUAUAUGAAUUCUACAGCACAACUUAGUUUGCAAUCUGUGGGGUAGUGCUCUUAAUGGGUUUUGCAUCAUUUCUUUGUAUAGCUCUUAUAAAGCUGAAGGCUUGGUUUUGGAUUUUUUUUUUAGCCUGCCAAUGUCGUCAUAGCAUGCCUGUGCCCUAGCAUGCGCUCUAACUGCAUGCUACACACUCGAGAUGAAACAGCCAUUAUGAUAGCCAUAGGGCAAAAAUAGGGAAAAAAAAAAAAGAAUUCGAAACGCAAUCAGGAAAUAGUCCAGGAGGCCCAUUACGGACUGCUGGGCAGCCAAUAGGUUUUUUUUUUUUAACCAGCACAGUGGGGCUUUUCCAAACCAACAAUAAUGCUCUGUCUCCAGUGACAGGGAAAAUGCUGUGUUCCUUUCCAAAGGCCUACAUUUGAGGGGAAUUAUGCUCUAGGAAGAAAAAAAAAUCACUUUGAGGUACCCAGGAAGGGAAGGCCAAUGGAAAGCAGGUCAGUGUCAGUCCCCACCUGACUUUAAAGACAUCCAAUGCUCCUAAGAGAGAGGCUUGUCAGGGCUGAAAAUUAGAAAAGAGGUGUUUCUGGGAAAGGGACAUAAUGAAAAGGGAAAACUCGAUGGAACCUGUGGUUUUAUUGGAGAGUGGGGAAAUCUCACCAUACAAGUGGGAAGGAGCCAUCUACCUUUUAUAAUACUGAUUUGUAGUGUUCUUUCCUGUCUCUCAACCCACAGUUCCAUUUCUAUUGCAUGAUCUUUCUUAGCUUCAAACCUGAGUGACUUUGACCAGAUGACAAAGUUAGGACUUCAGGGUUCUUCUCCAUCAUGUGGCAUCAUUUUGUGAUUUGGGGAAGGAAAAUUUAAAAAAAAAAAAAUCCCUUUGUGCCUCAGUUUACCCACUGGUCCAGUGGACUGCUGGUCCCUACCUCACUGGCCCAGCUGAGUCCCAAGGGAGUUGACUAUACUGUUGCUGACAGAUGAGCGGCUGCCCACGGUCAGCUUCUGAGUGAUGCGUAUCUCCAGGAUGAAGUCCGACUUGGCCUGUUUCUAGCUCUUCGUCCAGUAGCCACCCCAGAUCUCCUGGGAUCUCAUCCCUAGUUGCUCGGCCAAUCUACCUUUUAUUUUUUUGGCCCAUGGCUGAGGGCCCCUGGACACCAACCAAGCCAUAGCUGGGGGGGGGGAGAUUUACAACUAAGGAUCCUUUCAGGGCUAGGCCUUCACAUUUCCACUGGGCUCUCCCAAGGAAGGAUUCCUAGUCAACCAAACAUGAAAACUGAGGAGGGGGAUGUCAAGAAAGAAAAGAAAAUGACCACAUCAACCUCCUCCAUUUGGUAAGAUUGAUCAUUAACACCUCCUGCCACAAGAUCUCUGCACAAUCUGCACGAAUGGAGAGACACGUCAUCUUGUGCUCCCAGACAAACAGCCCCUGUGGCACCGUCCUAUACCACUUGCUUUUCCUCAAUUGUGCUUUCUUUGGGUCCUCCCUUUGGCUGGUCCUGGGCAGUUCUGGUCCCAGGUAUCACUGUUGCAGGGGAAAAGUUAAACUCACUCCACUCUCACCAACAAGGGAUCUAGUUUGACCCCGGAUUUGAAAAUCACCUGUCUGGGAGCCUGAUGCCAGCCAGACCUCCUCCAACACAUUCUGCCGAUUCCCUGUAAGAACAUCCUGUCUUAAGCACCUUCAGCUUUAAUUCUCUGCGUAGCCUCUUUAAAUAGAAGCAAUCAGGCAUUUUCCUCUCCCUCUAACCCAUGGAAUUUUUUUAACUUUAUGCCAAACUACUACUUAGAUUUUGACCUUGGUUUUUUGGCGAUCUCUGGUUUUAAACAGAAUGUUGUUACUUAUUGUUCACACAACCAUACAACACCCUGAGCUCUUAUUCACACCGGUCUCAUACCCCAGCAUAGCCCACAGUAAGAACAGGGUGAUGACAGCACCAGAACCCCACGGUACAAAUUCUCCUCGUCUUAGUACAUUGACCCUGUGCCUUCUGAUGCCUUCAUCUGCAUGAGAGGUUGAGUGAAGUUGAUGGGCAGGAGCAAGGGUGGGGAGAAAUGACUCCUUCAUCCCAAUCCAGCCAACUAUCCGUCCUCAGCCAAAUGCAGCCAGGAGGUAAGACUGGCUAUGGACAGGUGACCCGUGUGUGACCCAUCCAAAGGCCUUAGCCCUUCACAGCCAUGAGACACUGCUACUGUUUGGGGGAACAAACACCCCUCCCAAGUCAGGUAAGCCCAGGGCAGCUCUAGGUAUGAUUCUGCUAUAGGACUAGGCCCAAGGUUGGGCUCAAAUUCAUGGAAACCAAGGCUGACGUCUAACCGUCCCCAGGCAGUUUGACAGCAGGUGUAAGGAACAGAAGAUCAAGGGCAAAGAACAGGACCCAGGGCAGCCAAGCCACUGCAAGUCUGAGGGGGAACAGUGCUGCCUGAGGCCACUCCAUCAAGAAAUGCUAUUUUUCUGAAAGGAGCAAGAUUUAAGCUUGAAACAAAGGAUGAGAGGGUGCAGGCUACAGCUGACGGUGUCUGAUCAAAUCAUUCCUCCUGCUUAGUGAAUCCUCCCUAUUCCUGAUCUCACCUCCAAGGGUCACCAUGGGAGUGAUCACAACCACAGAAAGCAAGGGCUCCUAGCUAUGCUAGGAAGAGAGCUGGACCUACCCCAAGGGAGCACUGCCAGUGUCCCACCCUCUUUACCAGAGUGUUUCAUCCAGAAAUCGUGGUUGCAGCAUCUCUACAUUCCUAAGGCUAGUGUGCUUUGAGGAAUGCUAAACUCCAGGCCCUCCCUACCUGUCCAUUCAUUCAUUGAUUCUCCAAACAAGACUCUGACAUCUUUUUGGAAUCAUCCACACUUUAGAGUUUUCACUGAGCUAGAGAAUCCCAACCUCUUAUAAGAGAGAAGCCUUUAGACUCCGGGACUUUUUAACAUUCACUUAUUCUGGUUUGUCAGUGCGCAUGAAUCACGUGAUUGUUAUGAUCGAACACAUGCCACAGGACUCAUCAGGUUACAAUUGUUCCAGCUGUGAAGCCACAUACCCCUACCCACAAACACAACCACCAUCCGCAGCUGUGUAUGUACGGACAUCCUCACACAUACAGAGCCUUGCAGAGCGCCCUGAGUCCAGGGCCAGUGAUACAGAAUGUCAGCUUUCCCUGGCUGGAUCCAGCAGGGGGGCCAGGGAAUACUGAGGGCCAGUCCUCGUAAGCCAGGCAGGGACUGGUGCCUCUCUCAAAGGCUGGAGACAGAACAUGUGAUGGUUAGCGUUGUUCUGCCAAGUGGACCAUCUGCUGGGAACUGUAUUCACUCACCGGGAAGCAACUGUCCCAUCUGGAACAUGAUGGCUGGGUCACACACUCCCCUCUUUGCUGACUACACGGCCUUAGGCAAUCUCCCUGUGCCUCCAUCCUGUCCUCUGUAAAACAGGGACAAAGUCUGGCCAGCCUUUGGCAGCUCAAACACCUAGCCCUGCUUUUAUCCUUUUUGACAGAGAUGUAAACUAGUGCUCAGAGACCACAACUUCCCCUCCCUCAAUCCUUGGCAACCAGCCCAGAGCAUUUGCUUGUCAUGAUGGUUUUAGGAAGCCCACAGAUUAUUCUAAGGGGGCUUGUCCAUAAACUAAAAUUUUUACAGUCUUGAUUUUUUAAAAAAUUUCCCUGUGACUCAGAUUCAAUGAAAUCAAGUAAUGUCCAAGCUAGGAGUAGCUCAUGGUCUCGCUCCUGGCUUAGAAACAAUAAUCUGCUUCUGCUUCUGCUCCUGCUCCUGCUCCUGCUCCAGGGCUGGGGAAAGGGAAGAUGCCUCUGACCAGCUCCAAGAUAAGCCAUGCAUUGGGACCCAGUUCAGUCGGACGGCUUAUGAAGGAAGCGUUUUCAUGUGUCCAAAACCAUCUUGAGUUUUAAGUAUGAAUAUUAAUCUUGAUGCUUUUUAAAUAUUGUAUUACUGCUAAGGUUAGAAAAUACCGUUUUAAAAAAACUUUUUUAAUUUCAAUAAUUUUUCUGUAUUGUAUCCUUCUGGGACCUGAAGGGGUUUUAUACGGUAAGCACACCUAACGUUUUGGUAAAACUGUAUCUGAUAUAUAUCCAUCUGUUUCUUCCCUGUAAGAAAACAAAUCUUACAUCUAAUAAAAUAUUUUGAAGGGUUUUUUCUUUCAUUUAUUGGUGCUGAAAGGAAUGAAUAGUUGAUGUGAAGGAGAAAAUAAAACAUUAAAACUCAAA